AUGCCCGAAAAUGACAACGUGAAAGUAGCUGUCAGAGUUCGCCCUCAAAACACAAAGGAAAGAGAAGACUUCUCAGGCAACCGAUGCCUAGAAGUCGACAUUUCUUCAAAUAAAAUCACCCUAGAUUCAAAGCCAACUCCAAAGCCUUUUAUAUAUGAUUUUGUGGGUGAUGAAGAUAUUACACAAGAAGAAAUAUUCGAAGUAAUCGGGAUGCCAAUAGCCUCAAGCUGCCUUGCAGGCUACAAUGGUACGAUCUUUGCAUAUGGACAAACUGGUGCAGGAAAAACAUUUACCAUCCUUGGCCCAUCUACAUUAGAUGUCAAUGAUAUUGAAUCUACUCAAAGAGGGCUAUUACCAAGAUCUAUAGAAUUUAUUUUCAGCUCAGUUAAAAAGGAAAUAAAAAGGUGUAGUGGGCUAGAGUUCUUAAUAAAAUGCUCAUUUUUAGAAAUUUAUAAUGAGCAGAUUAACGACUUGCUAUCAGACCAAAAGAACUUGCAGGUUAGGGAGGAUGUUAAAAAAGGGGUUUAUGUAGACAAUUUGCAGCAAGAAACAGUAGCUAACUAUGAAGAAACUUUGGAAUUGCUAUAUAAAGGGAUAAGAAAUCGGCAUGUUGGGGCGACUUCAAUGAAUAAAGAAAGCUCAAGGUCUCAUUCAGUUUUUACACUAGCAAUUGAAAGUAAGGAAAAGCAAGACAAUGUCUGGAAUUUAAGGUCAAGUCUUUUUCAUUUAAUUGAUUUAGCUGGAUCUGAAAGACAGAAGUCUACUGAAACUAUGGGAGAAAGACUAAAAGAAGCAGGGAUGAUAAAUAAAUCUUUAUCAGUCCUAGGAAACGUGAUAAACUCUCUUGUCGAUAUUUCAGAAGGAAAAAAUAGACAUGUCCAUUAUAGAGACUCAAAGCUUACAUUUUUAUUAAAGGACUCUUUAGGAGGAAACUCAAAGACUUGCAUCAUUGCCAAUGUAAGCUCUUCAUCAGCAGCCUAUGGAGAAACACUUUCCACCCUGAGAUUUGCUGAAAGGGCCAAAAUGGUCAAGAACUCCGCCAUUGCAAAUGUGGACACUUUAGGAACUAUAACAGAGCUUAGAGAAGAAAUCAAAAAAUUGCAGCUAAAGCUGAAAGAAGCAAAAAUUAACUCAAAAGAAUGCUCCACCUCUGAUUAUUCAUUAAUGGUCCUUAAUGACAGAGUUAAAGAGUUUGAGUCCUUACUUGAACAAAAUAUGAAAAUCAGGCUGCAGAGCGAGUCUGCCUUGCAAAAUGAGAUUGGAAAAAGAGAAUCUUAUAUAAAAGAAUUGAUGAACACAAUUGAAAAAUACGAGAAUAAAAUUGAGUCUGAUAAAAUGAUCAUAAAAUUCCGACAAGAUACAAUCCAAAGGCUACAAAAAGAAGAAAAAAGAGAUGAAAGUGCAGAGAUCCAAGAACUGAAAGAAGAGAUAGCAAUACUUAAAAGAGAAAAUGAAAAUCACCAUAUCGCGUCAAAGCUGUUUGUAGAAAAUCAAGCUUUGAAAGAUCAUAUCAGAGCUUUAGAUCAAGAAAUCAAAGAAGAUUCCUGCUCACUCAGAAAAAGACUGAGAGAGAACCAAGAAUUCUCUGAAAAGCUACAGCUAAGCCUCAAAAAAAGUGCAGUUGAGAGAGAACAGCUUCGAGUUCUAUUAAACCAAUAUGCAAGUUUUAAGGGAAAAGGAAACCAAUCACCCCAUGAUGCCACACCAAAAAUCGAAGAUCUUUCUCAAAGCUUUGCUUAUUAUUUGAACGCUCAAGCUGAAAAAGACUUAGCUAUGAAUCCAAAAGCAAAUGAAACAAUGCUAGCUGAUUUUGAAGCUGACCAAUUUGAUAUCACACUUAUAAGCAAUUUAGAAGAAAAUGUCAAACCUUUUGGUGUCUCCCAAAAAGACAAUAAAAUUUCUGAUAAAAAUGAAGAUAAAAUCGCACAAGAUAAAAUUUUCCAGAAAUUUAUAUUUGAAAUAGGAGUAUUAAAUGAUGAAAUUGCAAAUAAAGAAGAUAAUAUUAGAGACUUACUCCCCACUCUCGGUGAGUGAACAAAUAAUAUUUUUAGCUCAAGAAGUAAAAAUUAAUUUAAUUUACAAAGUUUAUAUUUUAGUAUGCGAGAUGUUUAAAAUUCAACAGAAUUCAUUGGAUUUUUCAUUAUAUUAAUUAACAAAAAUUUUUUUUAGAAAAUUUUUUGUCUGCUUACGGAGGUGGGCUUCUACGAAUAAAUAGGGAUUUUUCCAAUGGUUUUGUUCGCUCUCAGAAGAGGGAGUUAGAAACUAAGAUAUCAAAACAAAACCAAGAAAUCCAAGAACUGAAGAAAGAGAAUUCUCAGUUCAAAGAUAUGGAAUUGCAGUUUGCUGUCAUUGAAGAAGAUCUUUUGAAAGCAAAAAACUCGUUAGAUUGGUAUGAAGAGGAGCUGGAUAGCACCAGAACAAAACUUGAAAACCUAAAUGAGGAGAUAGCAAAGCAGAAUAAAGAACUGCAAGGGCUAAAGAAUGAAAAUGCGCAGUAUAAAGAAAUGAAGCAAGAGUUUGCUUUAAUUGAGAACGAAUUUUUGAAAGUAAAAAAUUCAUAUGAAGCAGAAUUGGGCAGCGCAAAAGCAAAGAUUGAAGGCCUUAGCUGUGAAAUAGAAAAUCAGAACAAAGAAAUAAUUGAACUAAAGAAAGAAAACUCACAAUAUAAAAAUAUGAAGCAGGAGUUUGACAUUAUUGAAAGCGAUUUCAUGAAAGUAAAGCUAUCUUAUGAAGAAGAGUUAAAGAGCUCUAAAGCAAAGCUUGAAAGCCUUAGUUUGGAAAUAUCAAAACAGAAUCAAGAAAUAGAAGCUCUGAAAAAAGAAAAUUCUCAGUAUCAAAAUAUGAAACUAGAGUUUUCUACAAUUGAAAAAGAUCUUAUGAAAGCGAAAAACUACUAUGAAGAAGAAUUGGGAAGCACAAAAAACCAGCUUGAAAACCUCAGCUCAGAAAAUGUCCAAGUCAAAGCCUCCUUAGCUGAAGCUAAAAAGACAAUUCUUGAACAAUUCAGUCAAAUUUCAGCAUUAAACAAAGAAAUUGAAAGCUUAUCAUUUAAUCAAUCAGCAGAAAUAAAAGAAGAACUUGAAGGUUUGAAGAAUAAAAUAGACCAAGUCCAUGACAAAAACAAAAAACUCAAUGAAGAGCUUAAGCUUUCACUUCAAAACAAAGAAAAUAUGAUAUACGAUUUAAAAAAUCUACAGAAAAGAGAAAUAUUUUUAACUGAAGAAAACGAAAGCUACAGAUCUCAACUGGAGUCUUAUUGCAAAGAUAAUGAAAGAUUAAAGGCUGAGAACGCAAACUUAUCUAAAGAGCUGGCAAAACUUGUAGGCCAUAACAAUUUGAAUCAGAAAAUCAAGCUUCAUGAAAGAAUGAAAGAAGAAAGCAAUAAACUGAAAGAGCAAAAUUACAGCUUAAGAGAAGAAUUAACUCCCCCCCCCUCCGUGAGUGAACAAAAAAAUUUUGUUCACUCACGGAGGGGGGUUAAUUUUUUUUUUUUAUAUAAAUUUUAUAAAAAAUAUUUUUUUCUAAAUUUAAAAAAAUCUAAUUCGCAAAAAUUGGAAAGCAAAUAUAUUAAUUUAAUUCAUAAAAUUUAUGUUUUUUAAAAAAAGCAAUUCGUUUGAAAUUAAAACAGAAUUAGCUCUAGAUUUCAUUAUACUAAUUAUCAUUUAUAUAUAUCAAAAUUUGUUUCCAUAAAAAUUUUUUCUAUUAAAAAAAUUUUUGUUCACUCACGGAGGGUGGGUUUUUGGGCAAAAAAAAUAAGGAUUUUUCUAAUGGUUUGUUCACUCACGGAGGGGGGGGGAGUAAGGAAAAAAACAGAUAAGCUUGAUGCAAUUCAAAAAAGAUAUGAUUUAUUAAAGCACGAAAUUGAAGCAAAAGAACAAAGCGGCUCAGAAAGCUUGAACUCAACUUUAAGCAGUGUUUCAGCAAUUGAAAGCCAAGCUAAAGAGUUCAAAGAAAUUAUAUCAAAACUAGCUCCAUUUGUACCGGAGAACAUUAAUGAAUUUGAUGUUGGAGAUGAAGUAGUCUCGCUUAUAAGCAAGCUUCAAAAUGAUUUGCUGGCAACUACUUCAGAAAGCACUAUCAGAGAAAAAGAGUUGCAAAAACAAAUUUCUAGGAUCAAGCUCCUGGAAAGUGAGAAUUUAUUGAUGAAGCAUCAACUCAUGGUAUCAGAUGAUUAA